AUGCUAAGAAAUCCUUCAACAAGGGUUUUGAGGAGGGCUCUUUCAUCUCAAAGACCUAUAUCCAAUGUUUUGCCUGCUUUCCGCUCAAGAAGUUUGGCUACUGUAGUGGAACCUAUACAAAAGGAUCCUGCCGAGUUGGAUCAAAUCACUACCCUUCCCAAUGGAGUCCGAGUCGCAACUGAAGCUUUACCCGGUCACUUUUCCGGCAUUGGAGUAUACAUCGAUGCAGGGUCCAGAUACGAAAAUGAAGAUCUCAGAGGGGUCAGUCAUAUAAUGGAUAGAUUGGCAUUCAAGUCGACGUCAAAGAGAUCAAGCGAUGAGAUAGAAUCUUUGAUGUAUCAAUCUGCCACAUUCAACUCUGCGGUCCCAACUACUGUCGCUCUUCUCGCCGAGACAAUUCGAAAUCCUUUGAUCACUGAGGAGGAGGUUUCACAACAAUUAGUGACUGCUGAGUAUGAGAUUGGCGAGAUUUGGUCAAAGCCAGAGUUAAUUCUUCCGGAAAUCGUACACAUGGUUGCAUACAAGGGAAAUACUCUUGGGAAUCCUCUAUUGUGCCCGAAAGAACGACUUUCCGAGAUCAACAGCCAUACCAUACAACAAUACCGAGAUACUUUCUAUAGACCUGAAAGAAUGGUUCAUUUUGGAGAUAUGCCAAAAUCAGCUCCCAUUUUAUCACAAACAGGAUCGGAAACGUCUCUUGAUUCAUUAUCAGGUGAGACUAGCAGCGACAGCUCUAUAUCAUCAUCUUCCUCAUCAACACCACCCUCACCAACACAAAAGCCAUCCACCUUAAUAUCACGCAUGCCAUUUUUCAAGAACAUCUCCACUUCUGCACCCAAAAAUGCCUCUGUUCAAAAUGGUUUCCUAAAUCCUCUUAACCUUCACGAACCUUCACGCUAUACAGGUGGAUUUCUUGCCCUCCCAACGCUUCCACCGCCAGUGAACCCUGCCCUUCCCGCGCUCAGCCAUAUCCACAUCGCAUUCGAAGCUCUUCCCAUUUCUUCCCCCGACAUUUACGCCCUCGCUACUCUUCAAACUCUUCUUGGCGGUGGUGGAUCCUUCUCUGCUGGUGGUCCCGGCAAAGGCAUGUAUUCUCGUCUUUAUACCAACGUUUUAAAUCAACACGGUUGGGUCGAAUCAUGCAUGGCUUUCAACCACUCUUACACCGAUUCUGGACUUUUUGGAAUCUCAUCUUCAUGCUCCCCAGGCUACGUCAAGAACAUGCUUGAUGUCAUGUGCCGUGAACUUCAAAGUCUUACUCUCGAUUCUGGAUUCAGCGCAUUACAAACUGCAGAAGUUAAUCGUGCGAAGAAUCAGCUGAGAUCAAGUUUAUUGAUGAACUUGGAAUCGCGGAUGGUAGAAUUAGAAGAUUUAGGAAGACAAGUACAAGUACACGGAAGAAAGGUUGGAGUCAGAGAAAUGUGCAAGAAAAUUGAAGAAUUAACCGUCAAAGAUCUUAGAAGAGUAGCUACACAAGUCUUUGGAGGUCUCGUAAAAAAUGCAGGAGAAGGAAGUGGUAGUCCAACAGUGGUGUUGCAAGAAGGUGAAGAAGAAGGAAGAGUAUACAAAAAUUUCAGCUGGGAUGAUAUUCAAGAUCGGAUUCAUGGGUGGAAAUUGGGAAGUUGGUAA